AUGCCGCAUACCGCUACUCCUCUUGAGGAUCUCGACACAGCAGCCCAUCUACGAAACAUACCAUCCGAUCGCGACGACUGUGAGCCAUGGCUCCACGGUCCACCAUCCCGCAAUAUCAAGAGAUUGACGCAGCACUGGGCACACGAGUAUGAAUGGCGCAAAGCUGAAGCGCAAUUUAAUGAAUAG